CCAAAAUUCAAAGCCCUGAUUUUUUUCCCCAAAUUCUCAGAUCCCAGAGGAUCACCUUCUCUUCCGCUUCUCCGUCUCCGAUUUGAGCAUUCCCCGACUCACCGCCACUCCACUUCUCUUCCGGCUCUCGAUCUCCUUCUCCACCUCCGUCUCUGCGGCACCAUCUCACUAAGAGAUAGUGUAGUGCAUUUUUUUGGCCUUGCCUGAUGUCAGGUUAUUACAAUAUCAAUGAUAUUCUUAUGGAGGAGGAGCCCAUGUCAGUAGUUUUCCAAGUUGGAGCAAAUGGGGUUGGGUUGCUGGAUCCUGGUUCAGAUACAAAUAAUGUUGAUAAGGGUGCCCAAGUUGAUCUCCCCUUUUGGCUUGCUCAUGAGUUAUACUUGAGGCAAGCAGUGUCAAUAAAUGUGCCUGCUUUCUUCAACCAAAAGACAAGAAAUGAAAUCCAGGCUGAUGCAGCAUGUGUGGAUCUCAGGAUUAGGUGUCCAUACUUUUAUGAGUUGGGAUGCAAAACUGUUCCAUUGAUUGCGGACAAAAGCAUCGGCCCAUUCCUCCUGCACUCAUUCAGCAGCAGGUACAAGGAGGUGCUGAGUAGGUCACACAGUACUCCUUCAACUGCCGCAUCUAAAUUCUUGCCCCGUCUCACAAAAGAAGAAACUCAGUUGUUUGAAGCUGCUCAGUCUUCAAUGGCAUCAUUUAAGAAAUGGAGAGUUGGUGGAUCAAGGUUGGAGAAGGCAUCCAUUCUCGGCAGAAAGCGGAAAACAACCUUACCAAUUGACCCUCCUUCCCCCUAACUUUUUUCCAUAUUAGUAUCAGAGGAUAUUUACCACAGUAAGGCAAUCAUCGAGGUCGAAACAGAGUUCACUGAGUACCAACUCAUUGGCAUCAUCAUGGCUUUCAUGUGUUGUUUAACUUUGCUUGCUCAUUCUUAAUUUGACAAAGAUUUAUGAUCAUCAGGCACAUCGAAUGCAUACUGUAAACUGAGUUGUUUGUUGCCUUGUUGGCAAUGUUGCCAGAGAUAAUUUCUUUCA